CCCGGCCCGGCCCCCCGCGGCACCUUGCGCGUCACGUUGCGCACGUAGGGGCAGGUGGUGCAGGCGAAGCGGUGGCACCGCGGCCCCUCCUCGGCCACCAGCACGUUGCCGCAGGCCGGGCAGAAGAGCAGCAUCGCGGCUCCCGCGCGCCGCCCGCCCCUUCCGGCGCGGCGAUGGCGGCGAUGGCGGCGGAGCCCGAGGAGGAGCUGGCGCACGCCGAGGUGCUGGAGCUCUUCCAGGCGGCGCUGGCGCGGCUGGUGCAGGACCCGCUGCUCUGCGACCUGCCGCCUCAGGUGACGCCGGAGGAGAUCGGCUCGCAGGUGGCGCUCGAGUACGGGCAGGCCAUGACCGUGCGCGUCUGCAAGGCGGACGGCGAAACCGUGCCCGUCGUGGUGGUGCAGAACGCCUCGGUGCUGGAGCUGAAGAAGGCGCUGCGGCGGCACGUGCAGCUGCGGCAGGCGCGGCAGGGCGGCGUGCAGCACCUCAGCUGGAAGUACAUCUGGAGGACCUACCACCUAACCUACGCCGGAGAGAAGCUGGCAGAUGACAGAAAGAAGCUGAGAGAGUAUGGCAUUAGAAACCGUGAUGAGGUCAGCUUCAUCAAGAAACUUCGAAAGUAACUUGUCAGGCUUCAUCAUCUCUGACGCUCGCUGUCAGGAAUGUAGCAAGCUGCUAACUCAGCCGUAGGAAGAAAGAAGUCUCUUUGUGCCUACAGGUGAUUGCCAUCACCCAGUUCAUUUGAUCCUUCUUUGUGUCUCAGCCUAUCUCCAGACAGAGCAAAGCAACUGUUCUCUGUCCCUGCUCCUACCUCCCUCCUGUACUAUGCAGAGCACCCGCAAUUAACAGAAGUGUCCAGUGGGUGCACAGAAGUAAAUGCAACAGCAAACAUA